GGGAGGGAGAGAAGGAGGGGAAGGCAAUCCGAGGAGGAGGAGAGAGCAGGCAGCCUCCCGCAGCUGGCGAGGAGAAUGGGAGUGCGGGGCGACAGACCGCCGCGGGGUGUCACGGCCGCGGCCGCGAAGCUUGCCAGACGCGGGGCCGGCGCCCGCCGCUUUUAAACCCAGGAGGGCGCGGCGGCGCAGCGGCGGGCGGAUUGCGGCGCGCGCUGGGCGCCGGGCGGCAGCCGAAUGGAGAGGAAAGGCUCGGCGGCUGGGACCAAGGGGAACCCGAGCCUGCCGGUGGCCGGCGAGGGGCAGCGGCCGCCGCCGCCGCUGUGCGUUCUGGGCGGCGGCGGCGGCGGCGGCGGCGGCGGUGGAGGGGCUCCAGCGCGGAGCCAGGCUGGGGCGGCGGCCGAGCCCUCCGAGUUCAUCCGGCGCGCGCAGGAGUUCAAGAGCCAAGGGUCGCAGUGCUACAAGGACAAGAAAUUCCGCGAAGCCAUCGGCAAAUACCACCGGGCGUUGCUGGAGCUGAAGGGGCUGCUGCCGGCCCCCGGGGAACGGGAGCGGGACUCGCGUGCGGCCUCCCCGGCGGGGGCCCCCAACCCCGGCCGCCUCUCGGAGGAGCAGAGCAAGACCGUGGAAGCCAUCGAGAUCGACUGCUACAACAGCCUGGCAGCCUGCCUGCUCCAGGCUGAACUGGUAAACUAUGAACGAGUCAAGGAGUAUUGCCUCAAAGUCCUGAAGAAGGAAGGGGAGAACUUCAAGGCCCUUUAUCGAUCUGGCGUGGCCUUCUACCACCUUGGGGACUAUGACAAAGCACUCUACUACCUGAAAGAAGCAAGAACCCGACAGCCAACAGACACCAACGUGAUUCGGUAUAUCCAGUUGACGGAGAUGAAGCUCAGCAGAUGCUCCCAGAGAGAGAAGGAAGCCGUGUAACAACACCUGUCUAGAGUUGCACCUACGCCAAACCUGGACUCCAGGCAUCCCCUGGUGGAGAGCCCCUCCCUGGCUUCUGGUCCUUUCUCCCCACUUCUUCUGUCAGUCCCCCUCCCACCUCUUCUUCCUGUUGCCCCUCAAUUCUCUGUCUACUCCCAGUGUGACAAAAGGAGAUACAAAUUUGGAAUCAGGUGGGGUUGUCCCGGUAAUGGAGAUACUCUCUUCUGUAGUAGGUCAGCCACUGAGAGGGACCUAACUUCUGCAGGGACAGCUGGGGAGGACUCUCACGGGCCAGGAAUGACUGUGCUUCUGACAGAGACAGAGCCUGGCAGGUGUACAAUCCCAAAGGCAGCAGGCACGUAGUCCAUAGCUGGACCCUCCACACCUUUCUGACAGACCAGAGCAUCUCAAGGCAACUGUGACAAAUCCAGGGAUGAGACAAAACACCAGAAGCAUUGGUUAAGCCAGGCGAGAGACCAUGAAUGUGUACACUGGAUUUCCCCAGCCCUACCCACAGCAACCUCAGCCCCUGCCUCCCUCCCUCCCUUGUUGUCUUGGCUUGUGCUUUCUUCUCUCCCCCUCGGGGACUGGAGACUCUGCCAGGAUUCACAUGCCAUUGAAGCCCACUCUCAGUGCUCUCUGGUGACUACACAUGCCAUUCUCCCAUCCCCCACCCACAGCAGGCAGCCAUGACAGCAGAAGGGCAGGGUAAUGCGGGCCAAGGGUUGGCCACGUAGGUGAUGGCGGGAGGGAGAGACAACAUCCAGGGGAGAGAGAAUUGUAUAGACUGGGGGACUGAACUGUGGACUAAUUCAGUGUAAAUAAAAAUAAAUUAACAGGGAGCAGUUCCUGUCAUUUCUGUUGGAAGCAGCCCCCACCCCUACUUUUACUCCCUCUCCAAACUCACUCCGAACUACUUACAGCCAGGCAGGACGGGGCUUCCCCCAAAGCAAAGGACCGUUUGUCCAGCAGCAUGCAAUGUUGGCUGCCGCCUCUGUGCCCUUAGAGUAGGCUGGGGCCGGGGAGACUGCCCAGCGACUGGGCUUUGUGGGACUUCAUGGGACUUGUACAGCCUCUUUUUGAUGACAUUAGCUGGACUCAAUAUCUAGCACAGAGGAUGUGUUCAACAAAUAUUUGUUGAAUGAAUAAAUUAUGACUACAGACUGGCUCUCCUGCCUUAAACUAAUCUUAUCCCAGCCUAGUCUCCUGAUAGCUAUGCUCUUUAUGCCAUGUUGCUUCAGUCAAAUAAGAAACAUUUCCUGAGGGCUUACAGCUUGCCUAUCAUUGUGCAGUAUGCUGGGGGACAUAGGAUGUAGUCCCAGUCUUAAAGGAGAUGGAAGAGUUGAGAGAUACUCAUGUAAGAUUAUUAACCAAUGACACCUUUAAUUUCUAUGAUGCUUUAAAUUUUUCAAAGCACUUUCAUGUAUUUUUGUGUGAUUAGUGAAAGAGACAGUAUUGUACAAUUAAAAUAUAUACAGAUGCAAUAA